GACAGCUAGACUUUGCUUUCUGACGCGGUGUGCCCCAUCGCGCUGCGCAUGAGACGCAGCCGGACUGGUGCCCUGCUGCUCGCCGUUUGCGCGCAGCGGCUCCCGCUGCUGUUCUCAGGCCGCCACAUCAGAAUGGAUGUGGCCAGCCUUCCUCGAGGCGCCCCACUGGAUGCCAACCCAAAGCACCUCUCAGUCCUCAGCUACAACAUCCUGGCGCCAGCCUUCGUGCGGCCCCUUGACCUGCGAACGGGAGAGAUCCAGCCCUUUGCGGCGUUCCAGUGGGCCUCGGAGGAAGACUUGGACUGGGAGCAGCGGAAGGUGAAAAUCCUGGAGCAGAUCAGGGCGUGGCGUGCAGAUGUGGUUUGCCUACAAGAAGUGGAGUUCAAGGAGGAGUCCGGCUCCUUCAGCCUUCCGGAUUGGCUUGAGCUGGAAGGAUACUCUGCCUGCUUGCCAGGGGACAAAUACCUCACACUCAUCGCAGAGAGGAAUGAACGGGUGCUGGCAAACAAGGUGGCCACAGGCUGCGCUUUGCUCUUCCGGACAGCGCGACUGGCGCGGUCGGGCACGGAGACGGAUGGCAGCGGUGAUCCGAACACCUUGGUGUCGGCGUGUUUGGUUGGGGUCGGGGACUUGACGCUGGACCCCACGGCCUUUUUCGCGGUGCACUUGGAUGCGCAGAGCGAGGAGAAGCGCGUGGAGCAGCUGAAGAAGUGCCUGGACCGCGCCCGCGCCUUGGGCACCCGCAACGCCGUGCUGGCCGGUGAUAUGAACACCGAGUGCCUGCCCGGCAGCUGCGUGCAGGCCAUGAUUUCACGUGAGCCGGUGACGCAAGAGCAGAUGGCGCGGGAGUGCGCGUCCGCGCUGCGCCUCAAGGGCGACGAGGAAGAGGACUCGGAGGGCGCAGUGGGCGCAAAGGGCGCGGAGGGCUCAAGCGAGCCCAGUGAGGAGCAGCUGGAGCAAUGGAGGGUGCUGUGGGACAAGGCAGCUGUAGCGCCUCGAGAGCAGAGAAUUGAAUUGCUCCGAGUGCCCACAGGCCCCACUCGCUCUUCCUAUGAACACGGGAAGACAGAAGGCCCUUGCGUGACCUGGAGCUUAGACCAUGUUUUCUACAGUCCGCGGACGUUAAGGCUGCUCUCAAAGUGGACAGCGCUGGAGGCUGAUCCUGACUCUGCUGCCAGCGGGCUGCCGAAUGCCCAAAACCCCAGUGACCACCUGCCAGUGGCGGCCAUCUUUGAGGCUUCUCCGACGCCAUGCUUAGAUGCAGCUGCCAGGCAGCAGUUGGAGCAGCGCCUGGGGGACUUGGAGCUGCGGCACAGCAGCCAGUUGGCAGAGCUCGAGGCAGGGGCCGCUGGGCCGCGCUGGGCCGCUGGGCCGCUGGGCCGCUGGGCCGCUCUGAAGGAAAUGGAACCAAAGGCGGAGGCUGACGAGGUGGCAGCGAAGGCAAAGAGCAAGAAGAAGGGCGAUUCUCCAGAGGUGAUCGCAUUUAAGCAGGAAAAGCGGCGCCGGAGCAAGGAGCUGAAAGCAAAGCACCAAGCGGAGCGGGAGGAGUUCUGGAGCGGCCUGUCAGAGCUGGAGCUUGACUUCAUGGAGGCAUUGGGCAACUGGCGGGAGACCGGCGUCCGCUGAUGUGCAGAUCCAGCGCAGCACUCUGGCGACGGAUCACUUGGGCCGGUCAGCGAGGCCAAGGAGUUGAAGCGAAGUGACCUCCGAGAUGCUCCGUUUCCGGUGGCGAUGUACCUGCCAGCCACAUGAGGACCACACGCGUCGCCGAGCGCUG